CCUCCCUUCCUCGUCUCAGCCAGCUGUGCCCGGCGUCUGUUGGCCGCCCUGCGCCUGGCCCUCCAGCAGUGAUGGAGGUACCCCAGCCAGAGCCCUCCCCGGGUUUGGCUCUCAGUCCGGCUGGCGUGCGCGGUGGAGCCCAACGUCCGGGCCACCUCCCGGGCCUCUUGCUGGGAUCUCAUGGUCCCCUGGGGUCCCCGAAGCGCGCGGCCGCUUCCUCGCCGGUCACCACCCUCACCCAGACCAUGCAUGAUCUCGCUGGGCUCGGCAGUGAGACUCCAAAGAAUCAGAGAGGGAGCUUGCUUUUCCACAGCCGGCUGGCAUGUCUAUCUUUGUCACGACGGGCAUCUGAAUCCUCCCUGUCGUCUGAAUCCUCUGAAUCUUCUGAUGCAGGUCUCUGCAUGGAUUCCCCCAGCCCCAUGGACCCCCAGAUGGCAGAGCAGACGUUUGAACAGGCCAUUGAGGCAGCCAGCCGAGUCAUUAGAAAUGAGCAGUUUGCCAUCCGACGCUUCCAAUCCAUGCCAGGAAGGCUGCUGGGCCACAGCCCUGUGCUGCGGAAUAUCACCAAUUCCCAACCGAAGGAAGGCCAGAGGACGAGCACAGGCGGAGGCAGAGCUACCAAUGCCUCUGGGGAAGACAAGGAGAAUGUGCGCAUCCAGAGGCCGGCACAGGAGCACUCAGGGAGAGAAGGGGCGUGCUGGGUUGGUUCUCUGGCACUUAAUGACCCUCCUGUCCCAUCUUACCCACAGGAUGGGUUUGUCUUCAAGAUGCCAUGGAAGCCCACCCACCCCAACUCUGCCUGUUCUCUGGCAGAGUGGGCCAGCCGCAGGGAAGCUUUUGCCCAGAGGCCAAACUCAGCCCCCGACUUGAUGUGUCUCACCCCUGAGCAGAAGAUGGAAGUAGAAGAGCUGAGACCCCUGGCUGGAUGCCACCUCUCCCCAACCCCUGCUGAGGGGGCUGCUGAGGAAGAUGAUGGAUUUGUAGACAUCCUGGAGUGUGACCUGAAGGACAAUGAUGCAGUCCCUCCAGGCAUGGAGAGCCUCAUUAGUGCCCCAUUGGUCAAGACCUUGGAAAAAGAAGAGGAGCAGGACCUCAUCAUAUACAGCAAGUGCCAGCGGCUAUUCCGCUCUCCGUCCAUGCCCUGCAGCGUGAUCCGGCCCAUCCUCAAGAGGCUGGAGCGGCCCCAAGACCGGGAUGUACCUAUUCAAAACAAGCGGAGGAAGAGUGUGAACCCUCCAGAGGAGCAGCAGGAGCUGGAGGAGCCUAAAGCCCGUGUCCUCCGCUCAAAGUCUUUGUGUCAUGAUGAGAUCGAGAGCAUCCUGGACAGUGACCACCGGGAGCUGAUUGGAGAUUACUCCAAGGCUUUCCUCCUACAGACUGUGGAUGGAAAACACCAAGACCUCAAGUACAUCUCACCAGAAACAAUGGUGGCCCUGUUGAUGGGCAAAUUUAGCAACAUCGUAGAGAAGUUUGUGAUUGUGGACUGCAGAUACCCCUAUGAAUACGAAGGUGGACACAUCAAGAAUGCUGUGAACUUGCCCCUGGAGCGCGAUGCUGAGGCCUUCCUGCUGCAGAGCCCCAUCGUGCCCUGCAGCCUGGACAAGCGAGUCAUCGUCAUUUUCCACUGUGAAUUCUCAUCUGAGCGUGGGCCCCGCAUGUGCCGCUUCAUCAGGGAACGAGACCGUGCUGCCAAUGACUACCCCAGCCUCUACUAUCCUGAGAUGUAUAUCCUCAAAGGCGGCUACAAGGAGUUCUUCCCACAGCACCCGAACUUCUGUGAACCCCAGGACUACCGGCCUAUGAACCAUGAGGCCUUCAAGGAGGAGCUGAGGACAUUCCGCCUCAAGACACGCAGCUGGGUUGGGGAGCGGAGCCGGCGGGAGCUCUGUAGCCGGCUGCAGGACCGAUGAGGGGCCUUGUCAGUCCUGCCACCUCCCUUGCCUUGUGAGGCCUGGCACCAGCUGCCCUGUGGACCUGCAGGGCCGAUGGCCUGCUGGAAGCCCCAGGUGCUAUUCCGGGGAGAGAUGGCGUGAGUGUCCCGCCAGUCUACCCCAGCCCCAAUUCCCCUGUCUCACUCCAGUCAUAUUCUGUAUACUCGUGACACCCACCCUCACCCUGGAAGAGUCCAGCCUGUUAAGUUGGGUUAAUACCAACUUAAAGGCAGUAUUUUUUUGUCCAGUAGAAGUCCUUUUGCUUCCUUGUUUGGGUUAACCCUUUGUCUCCCUAUGCCAAGAAGAGCCCCUUGGCUCUUGUCAGCUGAGGCUGGGGAAGAGCCACCACCCCGAGGAUGGUUCAAAGCUGAACUCCUCACUGGCCUGGGAGUCAGCACCUGCCCUGGGUUCUCACCUAGCCAGCGCUGUCCCCUACCCUCUGCAGGAGUCAUGGGUGUGUCUGCCAUGCUGUUCUUUUCUCUCUUCUUCUUUCCUAUCCCUCCAUAUACGCACCACUGGCAUAAACGUAAGCUCUUACUCUUUCCUGUUUCAGUGUUACUUUCGUGCUUGAUUUGUUUGUUUGACUUUUUGCCCAUCUCAGGAUACUUGAGUAGGCUGUUUAGGCUCUACCUGUCAAACAUUGAUUACUCACCUGGUCCCAGUUUUGUUGCCCCAGAACAGGAUAUUAUUAUCCUUGGGGACUCUCAGAGAACCUGCUGGAAGCCCAGCCCUUACUGCUGUGAACCCUGGGGCCUGACUGGUCAGAACUUGCUGCUGUCUUGUCACAGAUGGAUGGAAGGAUGGAUGGAUGGAUGGGUGGCCAUGGAUGCACAGUGCCUUGCACACACAAAUUUGGUACAAGCAUUUUGGUGAGCAUGACAGGUUGUGGCAGGAAUGUACAUGUAUCUGUCUGUGUGGACAAAAAUCUUUACACUUAGGGUCUGGAAAUAAUUCAAGAGGAAAUACAGAAGCAGCUUAAUUAAGAACUGAGCAGCCUCUGGAUUCUGAAUAUGAAGAUGGGGGAAGGGCUGUGCUUGAGGGCCCUGAUGAAUCAUCUGUUCAAGCCUUGGUUCAAUAAAGCACUAAGCAAGUUGAGUAACCA